UGCCGCCCAGUCGUGCAGACAGAACUUCGCUCAUCCAUCAGCGCUAGUAGAAAGUAGCCAUUUUGGUCCCACCUAAAACGCCAGCUUCACUUGGGCCGGAGAUGGAGGAAACCGAACCGACAGCAGGCCGUUCGCGAAUAGAAAUAUCUUGAAAUUCAACGAUUUGUCAAGCGGUGAACGUCUUUAAUCGCUAUAGCAUUUCAUUUAGCGACAGGAGAAACAGGGGCCAUUUACAGGAGCGAUGACAGUUGCCUUCCGCCGUUGCUGAUUGAAGUCGGUCAGUCUCUGAUUAGUCCAAUUGAACACAUGCCAUGUAUGGUAUGUUAUUUUGCAAUUAAAUACGGUACACAUGAGCUUCCAAUAUUUACGUAAAGAACUAUCGGUCAGAUUAUCCGGUGCUGAGGUAGUUCAGGGCAAAUUUAUGUAAUUUCAGUGUUGAGAACAGUUCUCGUUGGAUGGAUCAACGUUGAGAUCUUUGAUCGAGCCCAUGGUUUGGGACCAACACUUAAAUUCCCUGUUUUGCCAAACGUGGUGGAGUAUUGGAAAAUAAAUUAACGACAACGAGGAAAAGAAAAUGUCAGCAAAAACGCCAUUACCUACUGUAAACGAGAAGGAGACGGAAAGUCACACGUCUCAGAGCCGUCAGGAGGUCACCACGCGCCCUGCCCGCUCCGGUGUUCGCGCCCGCAACUCUGGUGCGGAUGAGCAACCGUAUGUGGGGAACUACCGUCUCCUGAAGACCAUCGGGAAGGGGAACUUUGCCAAGGUCAAGCUUGCCCGACACAUCCUCACAGGGAGAGAGGUAGCAAUAAAGAUUAUCGAUAAGACACAACUGAAUCCCAACAGCCUUCAAAAGCUGUUCAGAGAAGUGAGAAUCAUGAAGAUCUUGAAUCACCCAAAUAUAGUUAAGCUUUUCGAGGUGAUUGAAACGGAGAGGACCCUGUAUCUGGUGAUGGAGUACGCAAGUGGAGGAGAGGUGUUCGACUACCUCGUAGCACACGGAAGAAUGAAGGAAAAAGAGGCCAGGGCUAAAUUUAGACAGAUCGUAUCCGCUGUGCAGUACUGCCACCAGAAGCACAUUGUUCACAGAGACCUUAAGGCUGAGAACUUGCUCCUGGACGCCGACAUGAACAUCAAGAUCGCCGACUUCGGCUUCAGCAACGAGUUCACGAUGGGCAGCAAGCUGGACACCUUCUGCGGCUCUCCUCCCUAUGCCGCCCCGGAGCUCUUCCAGGGGAAGAAGUACGACGGGCCUGAGGUGGACGUGUGGAGCCUGGGGGUCAUCCUCUACACGCUGGUCAGCGGAUCCCUGCCCUUCGACGGGCAGAACCUCAAGGAGCUGAGAGAGAGGGUCCUGAGGGGGAAGUACCGCAUCCCCUUCUACAUGUCCACUGACUGCGAGAACCUCCUGAAGCGCUUCCUGGUCCUCAACCCAGCCAAGAGGGGGACUCUGGAGGUGAGGGAGGACGCCGAAAACCAAAUCAUGAAGGAUCGCUGGAUUAACGCCGGCUCAGAGGAGGACGAACUGAAGCCUUUUAUCGAACCAGUACUGGACAUCACUGACCAGAAGAGAAUAGACGUGAUGGUGGGGAUGGGCUACACCCUGGAGGAGAUCCAAGACUCUCUGGCCAAGAUGAAGUAUGAUGAGAUCACCGCCACCUACCUUCUGCUGGGCAGGAAGUCACCCGAGAUGGAGGUCUCUGACUCCACCUCCAACAGUAACUUGUCCCUGGCCAAGCCCCGGCCCACGAGCGAGCUCAACGGCCAAUCGCCAUCGCACCUGAAGGUCCAGAGGAGCUCUUCCUCAUCCAAUCAGAAGCAGAGGCGCUACAGCGAGCAGGUUGGUCCGAACGCGGGGGCGGCUCACCCCAAGAGGAGCCAGACGGCCGUGGCGGAGAGCAGCAUCAAAGAGGAGGGAGGCGUGUCGCUCCGCAAGCCCAGCACCCCGGGGGGGCGUGGGAUACCCCCCUCCAGCCCCCUGCUGGGCAACGCCAACAACCCCAACAAAGCGGACAUCCCAGACCGCAAGAAGGGGGCCACCACGGGCCCCAACAACACUACUGCCUCGGCCGGCAUGAGCAGGAGGAACACAUACGUGUGCAGCGACAGGAACAACACAGACCGUCUGUCAGUCAUUCCCAACGGGAAGGAGAACAGUGAAGCUGUGCCCCCUGCCCAGCCUAACCCGGUGGCUUCCACCCACAGCAUCACCAGCUCCACCACGCCCGACAGACUACGUUUCCCACGAGGCACGGCGAGCCGCAACACCUUCCACGGGGGCCAGCUGAGGGACCGUCGCACGGCCACGUACAACGGGCCCCCGGCAUCGCCCACGCUGUCCCACGACGCCGCGCCGCUGUCCCAGACGCGCAGCCGCGGCACCAGCAACCUGUUCUCCAAGCUCACCUCCAAACUGACCCGCAGAAACAUGUCAUUCAGGUUUACCAAAAGAGUCUCAACCGACUUUGAGAGAACCGGGAGAUUUGAGGGCUCAAGUCGCCAUGUACCUGGGGAUCAGAAAGGGGAAACUAAAGCCCAUAAACCCCGCCCCCUCAGAUUCACUUGGAGUAUGAGGACCACCAGCUCCAUGGAGGCCUGCGAUAUCAUGCGGGAGAUUCGCAAGGUGCUCGACGCAAACAACUGCGAUUACGAACAGCAGGACAACUUCCUGCUGCUGUGCGUCCAUGGCGACGGCCACGCGGAGAAUCUUGUCCAAUGGGAGAUGGAGGUGUGCAAGCUUCCACGACUGUCCCUCAACGGAGUGAGAUUCAAGAGGAUAUCAGGAUCAUCCAUCGCGUUUAAAAACAUUGCUUCCAAAGUUUCAAACGAGUUAAAGCUAUAAAGGGGCAAAAAUAUCUAGACGUAUUUAAAGCUGUACAAUCAAGUAGCAGUUUCCAAAUUUUUUUUUUUUUUU